UCAAAUAGCUUGUGGUUCCAGACAGAGAGAAGGUUCUCCGCUUCAACAGUGCUUGAACGGCAACCUUAGCUUCUGUCUUACACCGCCUUCAAUCAACAUUUCUUUAAUUCGGAUCGAUUUAUCACUAAGUAAUCGCUUGUUUUCAAGUUAAUCAGUUCGCACGACUUAAAACGCGUCAAUCACUCGUUUGAAUUCGACCCGCAUUGCUAAGUGCUAACGUUUCUCCUCUCAAGAAAACCCCUGCGCAUCAAAGCAACAUGAGCUCUCAGGUGAGACAGAAUUACCACCAGGACUGCGAGGCCGGCAUCAACCGCCAGAUCAACCUGGAGCUGUACGCCUCCUACGUCUACCUGUCCAUGUCGUACUUCUUCGACCGAGACGACCAGGCUCUGCACAACUUUGCCAAGUUCUUCCGUCAUCAGUCUCACGAGGAGCGCGAGCACGCCGAGAAACUGAUGAAACUCCAGAACCAGAGGGGAGGACGCAUCUUCCUCCAGGAUGUCAAGAAACCCGAGCGUGACGAGUGGGGCAGCGGCGUGGAGGCUCUGGAAUGUGCUCUCCAGCUGGAGAAGAACGUCAACCAGUCUCUCCUGGACCUGCACAAGCUCGCCGCCGAGCGCAACGACCCUCACAUGUGCGACUUCAUCGAGACUCACUACCUGGACGAGCAGGUGAAGUCCAUCAAGGAGCUGGCCGACUGGGUGUCGAACCUGCGCCGCAUGGGCGCGCCCCAGAACGGCAUGGCCGAAUACCUGUUCGACAAGCACACACUGGGUGAACACAGCAGCUAAACCCCCGACCACACUACACCCUCCAGAUCAGACUCUACAUUUCUUCUUCUUCUUCUGUUGUUCAUCGAUCUGUCGGUCCCAGAAACCCCAGCGUUCACGUUUAUCUCCGCGGGUUUGCUAGUUUGCGGUCCAGCCGAAGGGGGACCACGCCCGGUUCGGUUCGGCUCGGCCUGCUUGCUCGUGAGCGUGCUUUAAUUUACAGAUAAACGUCGAGACGCUGGGUGAUGGUAUUUACAGUUUGCAUGUACCUGCUUUAAAACUACGUUACCCAGAAGGCAUUGCCCUCGAUUUCUGAAACGAUUCCUCUUUUGUUUUUGCUGAUCUGACCGUCUCAGAAACCCCAGAGUUCCGCUUUAUCUCCACGGGUUUGCUAGUUUGCGUUCCAGCCGGUUCGGCUCGGCCUGCUUGCUCGUAAGCGUGCUUUUAAUUUAGAGGUAAACACUAAGACUCGGGAUGGUCGAUGGUAUUUAAAUGCUGCAUGUUCCUGCUUUAAAACUACAUUACCCAGAAGGCAUUGCUCUGUAUGCUCUUUUACUGUGUGUUAAACCCCAGUUAAUAAACCUUAAUCUCUGGAUUCUGAA